UCUCCUUAUCUCUAGUCCUUAACAUUAUGGAGAACCAUGCAAAAAAGAGCCCCAAAAAUUAAUGCCUCACCACUAAAUUUCUCUUGAUACAUAUUUCAAUUUGCUACUCAAAAUCACCUAUAAAAUAACAUAAAAUUCUCCCAAACCAAACUCACGCAAUAAAUAAAAGCCAAAGAAGCUUUUUUCAACUUUUUUUAAAAAUGGCUUCUUUGCAGAAACUCCCGGUUCUCUUUUUACUCAUUUCGUUAGUCCUCUGUUUCUUCUCCUCACGUAGCAUCAACGCGAAGGAAGAUGCCUUACAGGUAGCUUGCGAAAAAGAUAAGGAAUGCCUUGACCUCCUUAAAGCCGAUAAGGAAAUCAUAGCAGCAGCAAGGAAAGAUUUGGACCUGGGAUUGGCAAUCAUAAAAGCAAUCAUAGCUCAAACAAAAACAACACACGACUACGUAUUAAAGAAAAAAAUGGCAAAUCCUGCGUACACCUCUUGUGAAAAGGAAUGGCUCGAUAUGGGUCCUAAUUUCGAGAUGAUUCUACAAAGAACGAGGAAAAACAAAGGUUAUAAAGAUGAUACAGAUGAUUAUGAUUUACAUAAUGUCGGUGAUGCUGUCGGUCGAUGUGAAACAAGUUUAAAGGAUGCUAAGGUUGUUGAUCCUGAAAUUGAACGAAGAGGAAAGGUUUUAGCAACAUUGAGUGCUGCUGCUAACCGCGCGUUGACGCAUCUAAGUCAAAAGUCUCGGGGCUUAAUUAAAUAAAAUUUCGUCAAUUUCUCUCCUAAAUAUAACGAAAAAAAGAUCGAUUCAUUAGUUUAUGUUGCUCUCCUAAAAUUUUCAUUCUAUGUCAUUGUCUCGUAAUGUAUUGUGUUGUACUAGGAUGAUGAUGUAUUGUACCCCCAAAUGUUGAUCUUGUUGUACUAUUGGUUGUUGUAAAUUAAUGGGUGAUAUUUUUUGGUGCUUUUUAUGAUUAUUGUAU